AUGAUUCCUUUUAUUCCAACUCUUAUUCUGGCUUUCGUUUCGUUUAUAUCAUCAGCUUUCGUGAUUUUUCGUAUAGUAAUUCCAAUUCUUCCGCCUCAUCCUUUAAGCAGACGUGUCGCUCCCUCCGAGUUUGGACUGCCUGACUAUAAUUUUCGUUCUCUUUCUUCAGCGGACAAGAGUCACCUGUGGUUGGCUUCUCUUGAUGUCCUGGCUCUGUGCGUCUUCAUUUGGCAGGCAUUUAGUGAAUACUAUGGUGGCCCUGCGUCAUAUGGCGAGGCCCAUGACGCUGCAUCCUCAGCAAGGUUGUGGUUUGCCUUGACAAUCAGGCAAACCUGUCUUUUCGUCGUGUCCGCACUUACGUUGAUCCACAUUCGUAUGGGGCGGUCGGUGUCUUUCGGAUCCAGACACUGGAUGUUGUGGGCACCCACCCUGCUCCUGGGGCUCGCGUCCACUAUACUCUCUGGUUUUUUUGCGGCGGGAGGUAUUCCAAGUCUCUUCGUUGGACUCUUGGCAUAUUCCACUACUGUUGCCGUCCUGAGCAGUGCAUCAUUUGGCAGUCUUGUGUACACUCUCGUGGUGAUCCGACGCAAUCUCGCUGCACUCAACGAUCCCGCAGACAGCUGGCCACCUACCAAAGAAGUCGAGGAUAAACCCCGCCCCUCGUUUGCGACUGAGGAUGUUGACGUCCUCAGGGAAGGUAGCUCCUGGCUCACCUCUGAUGCCGGCAGUACGCAUCAUGAUUCAGUGUCUAACUGGUCUUUCUCAACUCAUCAAACGCACCCUCGUCCUGGUUCCUUGGGCGCCGACUGUGCUGUGACAUCCAAAACCUCCCUUGCGCCUAAAUCGUCUUACUGGUUCGAUCCGCCCACGCCUAUGACCGGUGAUGCAUUAAUUCCACCAGUCCCAUCAUUGCCUUCAUCAUACCCUUCAUCGCCCGCUGAUGCCCUAAGCUCCGAUCCUGAUCCUUUCCGUCGUGAUGCUCCGGGUCGGCCACGUCUCGACUCACAGAGCUCAUGGCUGACUUCAACGUCUGGGUCUCAAAUCUCACUAUCUGCAUGGUCCUAUCCCACUAGCCAUCAAGGCGGCGUCAGUGUCGUGGAUCUUAAUGCUGAGCUUCUUCCCCAAUGCAACCGGCCCCCGACCCCUGCUCUGUCAAGUGCUCGAGUUCUUGGAGGAUAUGGAUACCAGGGUGAUUCAGAAAGGGGUAUUGCUUCUCUGGCGUAUAACGGUAAUGAUGUUGAUAUCUCAAUUUAUCGGUACGCCUGCUGGAUGAUGACAAUUUGGGCACCUUUAGCGCUCUCCCUGCCAUAUAUUUUAUCUUUCGUUGGGAAAGGCUUCGUAUCUUCUGCCACGCCUCUUCUUCUUGCCCUCUCGGUCACACUGUCUUCGCCUCUCCUUGCCAUGAACAUCAUUAUGCGCUCGCCCAUCCCUAUCCCGACUGGUCUUUUCGAGGUUCAUGGAGAACCUCCUUCUAUCUGCAUGCGGGCGCCAUCUCCGGCUGUCACUCUCACCGACUGUAACCGCGAGUGCAAGCGGUCUGGGUCAGUUACAGUUGUCGAAGGGAGACGCUCUGGAGAUGUCUGGCUCUCACAAGGGGAUGCCGUGGAGGGGAAAGGCAAACUUAGCAGGGCACUUGGUCUUAUGACCCCUGUUCCGCGCCUAGCUGUACUGCCCCCUGAAGAUGAAAAGGAAGAUGGAGAGAUGACGCCCCCUCUGCCAAUGCAGACUGAGUCUGAAUCAUUCAAUACUUCUGUGUUCCCUAAUACUCCCCGUUCUGCGGAGUUCGGGAGAAUUAGGAAGCAAUCAGUUCAGUCGAGGAUUUCAGGCGAUGAAUUCGCCUCGAGAAUAAUGGUUGCCCAGAGGCAUUAUUCUGCGCUCGCAACUACGGUGAUUGUCACUGCAUCACCGGAGAAGCAAAGUGGCGAUUUACUCACUGUAACUACUGGUGUUGGCGUAGAGAGGAAGCCGGUCCUUUCUAGUUCUUCGCACCUUCGCUCUCGCUCUGUUUCCUCGGUUAUCGGUCAGGCGAUCAGCACAGACUAUAGCCCUAGUCCUAGCCCCAGUCGACCUCCGUCUCAACCUCUUCCUCCCACACCUCCUAAUGUUCGUCUUGCCAAGCAACAAUCAACGCGCACUCUCAUCCACCGGAAGUCGUAUUCAUCUGGUUAUAGCUUCGGUGCAACUGUCAAUGACGAUGUUAACGAGAUCGAUGUGCUCACCGCUGGUGUUCUGCCGCUUCUUGUACCUGGCUUAAAGGUUGGAAAUGAUAUGAAGCUCAAGGAUUUCGAGUUCGAGUUCGACCCCCCUGUCAGCAGCACUGUGACAAAGAAGAAGCGCCUGCCAGCUUCCUGCACUCAGGAGGAUAAUGGUGACUUCGGUGUGCUCGCCAACGGAGAGUGGGAAAGUACCGCGCUGCACUCGACAACCGCCAAUGCCAAGGUCAGGCUCAACAAGGCGUCUGUGCAUAAGAGACAUCAGUUCAGUCUUCCUAGUCUUGGUCUUCGCAAGGACACAGUCAGUAAUUUGAAAUCCGAGAUUGGUCGCACGCUUGCUACAAGGAUUGGGGGAUACGCUACUGUAAACGAUGGAAGGCGCAACACGCCGGCCUGGCGGGACGACUCGGAACCGGCCUCCAACCUUCUCGCAGAUCCCCCCGUGAAUGUUGAUAAGCAGCCUGUUCAGAAUGGUGCUUCUCUCGGUCGCACGGCGUCUACUCGCACUCGUGGUGCCGAAGUCCCUCACAGCAUGGAAAGUGCACGUACCUCCGUCGCUACCCUCGACACUGCAACAAUAUUUCCUCCGCCAUCCGCUGCGUCCACGGUCACCCUCUUUGACCCUAUGACCGAAUUCGAUCCUGCUGCGCAAAGCACGCCACUGCACGAAAAAGAAUAUCAUUUUGCACGAAAACAUCAAGCUGCCGCUAUGCCUCGCUCUCAACCGACUUCACAACGCUCAAGCAUUGUAUAUAUUAGAUCAUCCGAAAAACACACUCAAGCACCAUCAGAGCCAGAGGCUCAACCGCCCACCGAACGAAAUAACACUAAUGACAUGUCAUCUCUUACAGUCGCACAGUGGUCCACCCGGGUGGUGAAACCACUUAUACUCCCGUCCAGCAAGCAGCGCAAGGACGCCACAGAGCCCGCAACGAAGUCGGGCUCGAAUUCUCUUCGUACUCUCUCCCUUCUUAAAGAUCGUGUUUCGAACCAUGACAGUACUGGCGAUGCCCGUAACGGGUUCGCAGGUACACGACCGCUCGUUCUUGGAAAGAAGAGGUCAAAGACAGUGAAAGAGCACGAUGAGAAUGUUGCUCCCAGCGCUAGUUCUGUGAACAAGCAUCUGAAGCCGCUCAAGCUUAGUCGGACAGAGUCGAGCAAGGUUCGCGGAAUACUUCGCAAGGACGAAACGCUCCCUAUCGUGUUGGUUCGCCCACCGUCUAACCAGAUGGAGUCGAUUUACGAGGUUCGGUGA